AUGGCCGGUGACCAGAUCCAGGAGCUCCUUGAGGCCCCCGCCGAUUUCGCCCGUAGUGGUGUACAAUUCAUGCGCCGUUGCACUAAGCCUGAUAAGGCCGAGUACCUCCGUCUCUGCCAGGCCGUCGGCGUCGGUCUGGUUGUCAUGGGAUCGGUAGGAUACCUGGUUAAGCUGAGUGAGUGGCCCUCCUUAUCCUCUUACGCUUCACCUUCUUGGCAAGAAUCGCGUGCCAACUGA